AUGGAGCAGAGGUGCAAGUACGCGUACAAGGCCUGCUUCGAGCCUCGGACGCGCAAGCGCAACGGCUCGCUGCACAACUUUUGCGUCUACCACCGCCAGAAAGCCAACAUCAUCCAGAAAAAACACAUCUCCAAGCGCAUCCGAACAAAUGCGCUGCCCGAGCCCGUUCCGUUUGCGGCCGCCGACGCCGCCGACAGCGCAAGCUACGACGCAUGGCCCAUCCUACUGUCGCUGCUCUUGGACGGCCCCAGCCGCCUCGACCCGAUCGCAUUCGAUGCAGCGGGCCCCACCGCGAUCGACGCCGAGCUCGUCGCGCUCCUUGUCGACCUCGUGCCAUAGACGUACCGUAUCGUUGUUCCAAAUGAAUCCACUAUACUUUAACCACUACCA